AUGGGUUCUUACGGCGGGGAGAGACGUAAGGUCAAAGACAUUUGCGUCGUUGGGGCUGGUCCCGCUGGAAUUGGCGCAUCAAAAUAUCUCCUUGCCGAGAACUGCUUCGAUACCAUCGACGUCUUUGAGCAGCAAGCUUCUUUUGGUGGCGUCUGGAAUUAUUCGAACGACCCCAUCGACACGAUUGAUAUUCCUCAGACCAAUCCACAUCAGCCUUUGGACGAACCAAUCUGGCGCCCUUGCUCAAAUCUAAAUGGCGUCUCAAACGGUGCACAAAAAGCAAUAUUUGUGUCACCAAUGUACGAGCGUUUAGAGACCAAUAUUCCACACAGUAUCAUGAAGUUUUCCGAUAUGCCUUCACUGGAAGACCACCAGCUUUUCCCAAGCCGAGAAGUUGUCACACAGUACCUUGAAGACUAUGGCGAGGAUGUUAAGCAUCUUGUGUCGUUUCAGACUCAAGUGAUGGACAUUAGCCAGACACGACCAGGAGCUCACCAAGUCCGGCUCAAGGACCUCCGGACCAAUACAGUCUACGGAAAAAUAUACGAUGCUGUUGUGGUGGCCAAUGGACAUUACACUGUGCCCAUCCUACCGAAGAUCAAAGGGAUCGAGAAGUGGAAUCAAACAAGUCCAGGCGUUAUCUCGCACACCAAGUUUUACCGAAGACCAAAGCCUUUUGCCGAUAAGAAGGUCAUCAUUGUUGGCAACGCCGCCUCUGGUACUGAUAUUGCUUCUCAAAUUGGAGCGGUCUGCAAACGCCCACUUCUGAUGUCUCAGAGGUCAGUGUCAAUUUUGGCCUCUGCUGCGGGCUAUAAGGAAAAUGUCCCAGAGAUAGCGGAGUUCCUGCCAGUUUCUCAUGGUACAAGAGCUGUGCGUUUUGCGGAUGGUCGAGUGGAGGAAGAUGUUGAUGCGAUUUUAUUCGCUACAGGCUACUACUAUUCUUUUCCAUUUCUUUCCUCUUCGCUUGAAUCUAAACUCAUAUCAACAGGGGAAAGAGUACAGCAUCUGUACAAGCAUUUGUUCUAUAUAGAUGAUCCUACUAUAGCUUUCAUCGGUCUUCCUGCGAAGAUCAUUCCUUUCCGAACAGCCGAAGGGCAAGCGGCCGUCGUAGCUCGCGUAUGGGCUGAUAGGCUUGAUCUUCCUUCGACGUCGGAGAUGAGUAGGUGGGAAGAGGACGUCGUCGCGGAACACGGUGUUGGCAGAUCGUUUCAUGUUCUGUCAUUUCCAAAAGACAUCGACUACCAUAAUGAACUAGUAGAUUGGGCAACGCGUGCUACUGGUCGAGGAGGCAAGAUGUCAAUGAGAUGGUCAGCGAAAGAAAGAUGGGCGAGAGAGAGGUUUCCGGCUAUAAAGAAGGCCUUUGCAGAUGAAGGGGAUGCUCGUCAUGAUAUCAAGACUUUACAGGAGCUCGGGUUUGAUUACGAUGCGUGGCUCAGGGAGCAACUUCUACAGAAUGGCGUAGAAGCAGGACAUUCCUAA